UUCGUUUCGGCGGUUGCAGAGAGAUGGAGGUUCAAGAAAAGGUGCUCAUGGAAUCCGUUAGCGGAGUUCGAGGGAUCGUAGGUGCUGGCCUCACCCCAUUCAGUGUUUUGCGGUACGCCAGCGCGUUUGGCGAGUUGCAGCGGUCUCGGUAUAAGGUUCAGACCGACGGAGUGGGACCACUGUUGGUGAUUGGAAGGGACUCGAGGGUGUCCGGACUGGCCAUUGAAAAAAUGCUAUUAGGUAUGUUUUUGUGCCAAGGAUAUCAGGUACAAAUUUUGGGAAUUGUACCCACGCCCACCGUACAGUUUUUGGUGAUGAAGCAACAAGACGCCGUUGGUGGAGUGAUCGUUACCGCGUCGCACAACCCCAUCGAGUGGAACGGACUGAAGUUCGUGGACCGCGACGGUCUGUUCCUCGAUUCAGAGCUCUGCGAGGUGCUGUUUUGCCGGGCGAGGUGUCAGGAAGUGUUGGAAGGCGUUUAUCAAAAAGUGCCUAUAGGACACGUAUUUGAGAGAAGUGACGCAGUUCAUAUGCAUGUUCAUUCAAUCUUGAGCCUCCCUUAUAUGGACGUGGCCGCCAUAGCAAAGAAGAGGUUCAAGGUGUGUGUUGAUUCCAUAAAUGGCGCAGGUGGGCUAGCUAUGAAGCUGCUGUUGGAGACGUGUGGCUGUGAGGCCACAUAUUUGAACUUUGAGCCGACUGGCAUCUUCGCGCACGAACCAGAGCCGGUCGCGGCGAAUUUGUCCCAGCUUUGUCGGGCUGUGCAGGAGACUCGCUCGGAUUUCGGUAUUGCGAUCGAUCCUGACAGCGACCGCUGCGUGUUGAUAGAUGAGACGGGUCGCCCGCUAGGCGAAGAAUAUACGCUUGGCAUUUCGGUUGAUUUUCUUUUAGGUAGCCGUGGAAAGCGGGGGUGCGUCGUGAAGAACAUCAGCACUUCUCGACUGAUCGACGAUUUGGGCAAGAGGUACGGCUGCGUCGUCCACACGAGCCCGGUGGGAGAAGUCCACGUCGCCAAGCGCAUGCUUAAGGAAAACGCGAUCAUUGGAGGAGAGGGAAAUGGAGGUGUCAUGCUCCCUGAUCUGCACAUCGGUCGUGAUGCGCCCGUCGCGGCAGCGAUCGUGAUCAUGCAGCUGACUUUGGUCAACACCACUUUGAGUGCAUACAAAGCGAGCUUGCCCCAGUGGGAAAUGGUCAAGUUAAAGGUACCCGAGGCAAGUCCGCAUUUUUCGAGGGCGAUCGAGUUGAUCAAGGCGGAGUGGACCCGAGAGAAUGUCAAAAUCUGUGAGAUAGACGGUAUCAGGGUAGACGCUCCGCGCUUCUGGGUACAUGUUAGAAAGUCGAACACUGAGCCGAUAAUCAGAGUGAUCAGCGAAGCGCGGACAAAAGAAGAGGCAGCUGACAUAGGUCAGCAAUUUAUAAAAUAUGUACUGUCUUAAUUGCACGGCCCUUCUAGUCAAGUUUGCGUCUCGAAACACCUUCUGGGUAAAGCCAUGUGUCACCUUUUCCAAGGCUGUAGACUUAUCACUUUCUGCUCACACCGAUUCCGAACUCAGCACACGAAAAACGGCAGAGGCUGGCGCGCGCCCGAGAAAUUUGCUUGACAGGAGACCCCUUGCCCGAAUGUGUCAGGCUCAAAGCCGCUGAGGUUAUGAGUCGACCGCUUCCUGCGCCGUGAACGCCAAUACAGCUUGCUCCAUCUCACGAGCUCCUUGAGGAACGGACGAACCUCUUACCGCUGCGCCAAUCAGAUUGGAAGACGGUUCUUGGUGAGCGCCAGAGGGCCUUUGUUAGGCGCCUUCUAGUACAACUCCUGCUCUCCUCCGUUUGGGGAAGCAACGAAUAUCUAGCCUGUCCCUGAAACGGGGUCGCAGUGCCCUCAAAGAAUGUACGGGACUCGCAGUCCUGACUCCAAAAUAGAGACAGAGGCGAUUUGAUAGACGACCAAGACUAUUCAUGUGUCUACAACU